UUCUCAAGAUGGCGUGUCAGAAUUACUAGACUCCGUCCUUGCGAAAGAUCAAGUUUAUCACGUCUUUUUUACCUCUAAAUAACAACUUUUCAUCUCAAUUAUAACACCAGCGACAAGUGGACGCUUUUCUGAAGUAACCAGUCGGGUGUGCGAUCAUCUAAAGAUGUGAAAAGUGGCGAAAAUCCGGUGUGGAAUCAUGGUGCUCCCACAGUUUCGUACCAAGACACCCCUCCUAGGAACCGGAUCACACGGAAGAAAUAAGCACACCUGCACGUUUUGCUUCGGAUGACUGUGAACCAAAGUUGCUUUAUAUACUCAACUGCUCACUCUCCAAAUCUAGAGCAUACCAUCGUCAAAGUUUGCUACAAAACAAUCCCUAUAAAGUCUGUUUUUAUUGAAAAAAUAUUGAAGAAGGAUAUUACUGUAUUUGGCAGUGUUAUUUUGCCCUAUUGAUUCUUUCAUUUUGAAUGAUAUAGGACAGGAGUGGUCCUAGUCAACCAAAGAAAUCCAAGCAAAUUAUCGGCAUAUUUCUUCAUAUAUGUCAGCUGUAUAAAGACACAAAACAAAUGAGCUGACCCUGUACGAUAUCGACUGUUGGACUGACCACCCGCGGGAUCUGAAACGGACCGUUAGAGGAACAUGAGUCGACUCUUUACCACGUGGCGGCUGGUGGUGCUGUCCUGGCUGCUGAUUGGUCAGCAGGUGCAGAUGACCAGUGACCGCCUGGUGCCGGUGACCGUGAUGCCGGAGGUGCCGUUCCCGUUCAUCCCGCCGCGGCAGUGCGGGAACGUGACGGCGCUGGAGAGGGUGGAGAUAGGCUUCAAGACUGGGGUGGUGGAGCAUGAAUACAUCGUGACCUUCAAUGGCUAUUUCACAACGACUGCCCGCAAGAACUUCAUCCAGGCAGCGUUACGGGAAGCAGAGGUUCCAUCCUGGCAGAUCGUACCACGGAACAACCCAGCCAGCGACUAUCCCAGCGACUUUGAGGUUGUGCUGCUGCGAGAGCGGGCCCAGGCCGGACGGGAUGCGCUGGAGGACCACCCCAACGUCAAACGGGUGACUCCACAACGUCGGGUGAGGAGGACGCUGAAAAGGAUCGAAUACACCACUGAGCUGCCUGACGAGAACCUGGAGCCAUGUGCAGACAAGGGAACCCCCUGCUGGGCACAGACAUGGCAGUCUUCACGGCCACUCAAGAGGACCAGCCUGGCUUAUUCCAGGAAGAAAGUCCUAGACCCAGUUCUCCAUAGAAGCAAGGGUCAAGCUAGGAGGAAGAUCCCGCUACGCCCACUACCUGAACUUAUAAAACCCAAGGCUAAGACAAAAAGGACUGUCGGGAAGGGAUCUAAGAAUAAAGUGACAGUAAAGAAGGGAUCGGCAUUCUGGCAUUCCACGGGCCGCCACACCAGCCGCCGUUUGCUGCGCACGGUGCCGCGUCAGGUGACCCACGUGCUGCAGGCCGACCUACUGUGGGCCAUGGGGUUCGCCGGGAGUGGCAUCAAGGUGGCGGUGUUCGACACAGGGCUGAGCGAGAACCACCCACACUUCCGCAACUUGAAGGACCGCACAAACUGGACCAACGAGAAAACCCUCAACGACGGUUUGGGCCAUGGGACUUUUGUGGCGGGGGUCAUCGCUAGUUCCAAGGAAUGCCAAGGCUUCUCACCAGAUGCCGACUUGCACAUCUUUCGAGUCUUCACCAACAACCAGGUUUCAUAUACAUCAUGGUUCCUCGAUGCCUUCAACUAUGCCAUACUGAAGAAGAUCAACGUGUUGAACCUCAGUAUCGGCGGGCCUGACUUCAUGGACCAUCCGUUUGUGGACAAAGUCUGGGAGCUCACGGCCAACAAAGUCAUCAUGGUCUCAGCCAUUGGUAAUGAUGGACCACUGUAUGGGACCCUGAACAACCCGGCGGAUCAGAUGGACGUUAUUGGGGUGGGCGGAAUCGACUUUGAGGACAAGAUUGCCAGGUUUUCAUCUAGGGGAAUGACCACCUGGGAGCUGCCGGGAGGUUACGGCAGAGUCAAGCCGGAUAUCGUCACCUAUGGCUCAGGGGUCAGGGGAUCCGGACUCAAGAGUGGCUGCCGCACCUUGUCUGGCACCAGUGUGGCCUCACCUGUGGUGGCUGGAGCUGUCACCCUACUGGCCAGCGCGGUGAUUCAUCGUAUACCCAUGGUGAACCCAGCCAGCAUGAAGCAGGCGCUAAUGGCAUCCGCCCGUCGUCUACCGGGAGUCAACAUGUUUGAGCAAGGACAUGGCAAGCUGGACCUGUUGAAAGCGUACCAGGUCCUGAACAGCUACAAACCCCAGGCUAGUCUGAGCCCCAGCUACAUCGAUCUGACAGACUGUCCGUACAUGUGGCCAUACUGUACUCAGCCCAUCUACUAUGGAGGCAUGCCAACCAUCGUCAAUGUGACAAUAUUGAACGGCAUGGGAGUAACAGGGAGAAUAGUGGACAAACCCAUCUGGCAGCCAUAUACACCCCAAAACGGAGACUAUAUAGAGGUUGCGUUCUCCUACUCCAAUGUCCUGUGGCCGUGGUCAGGCUACCUGGCUGUGUCCAUCACUGCUGCCAAGAAGGCUGCCAAGUGGGACGGGAUAGCUCAGGGCCAGGUCACACUAACCGUGUCAUCACCUCCAGAGGAGGGAGAGAAGGAGGAAAGAACCUCAACUGUCAAACUACCAGUCCGCGUGAAAGUAGUGCCAACCCCUCCAAGAAGUAAACGAGUCCUGUGGGACCAAUACCACAACCUGCGGUACCCUCCUGGGUACUUCCCUCGGGACAACCUCCGCAUGAAGAAUGAUCCACUGGACUGGAAUGGUGAUCACCCCCACACAAACUUCAAGGACACGUACCAACACCUGCGGAAUGCUGGGUACUACGUGGAGAUCCUGGGGGCUCCGCUCACAUGUUUUGAUGCCAAUCAAUAUGGAACCCUACUCAUAGUUGACAGUGAGGAAGAGUUUUUCCCGGAGGAAAUCUCCAAGUUGAAGAGAGACAUAGACAACGGGCUGUCGGUGAUCGUCAUCGCUGACUGGUACAACGUCUCCGUCAUGAAGAAGGUCAAAUUCUACGAUGAGAACACAAGGCAAUGGUGGAUGCCGGACACAGGAGGGGCUAAUGUACCUGCUCUAAAUGACCUGAUGUACCCCUGGAACAUGGCCUUCAGUGACCAGGUCUACGAGGGAGACUUUACACUGGGCGAUCACGACAUGUAUUAUGCAUCAGGAUCCAGUAUUGCAAAAUUCCCUGAAGACGGAAUUAUGAUUACACAGACUCUGAAGGACCAAGGUAAUGAGGUUCUGAAGCAAGAGUCCCAGACCGUGGACACAGUGCCCAUCCUGGGGCUGUACCAGAUGACAGGGGAGGAGGCAGGCAGGGUGGCACUGUAUGGGGACUCCAACUGUCUGGACAACAGCCAUCUGCAGAAAGACUGUUUCUGGCUGCUGGACGCCCUCCUACAGUACACAUCUCACAACCACAUGCCUCCAGUGUUCGAGCAACAAGGAUCUCCUCUCUCUAUCAUGAAUGUGGAGUUACCAGAAAGAAUGGAAGGUAACCACCUUGCCAGGUACUCCAAGGUGCUGGAAUCCAGUCUGGCUGGCCAGACACGUCCCUUACCUGCCUGUCCGCACCUGUCCUGGGCUAAAGGGGAACCCCUCAACAAAUCAGCACCUUCAAAUCUUUACAUGCACCAAAAGCUGUUGUCGAUAGACCUGAUGGAACCGCCGGUACCAAACGUUGUUCGGCGCCAGCCUGGCAUACAGCACAUUGUGUCAGAUGGCGUGGGGUGGGACAUCCAACCCGGCGUGCCCAGCCACCCGCACAACUCUAUACAAUCCAUGCCAGUCUUCGCACUGGCGGGGUUGACUCUAGUAGUAGUAUUUUUUGCUGUACAUAUACAUAAAAGUAGAUCAAAGCCAAAGAGAAGAAAACCCAGGUUAAAACGACCCACGUUUAUCAACAUAGUUAAACCUGUAGUGUAGGGUAAACAUAUUUUGUACAUAGGCUUUAGUUUUUUAGACAUUGCUUGGAAGGUUGUGGUUAUGGUCUGUUUAUAUUUGAGGACGUGUAUUAUUGUUAUUUUGACUCGCUGUUCUUUGCCCGGGAGCAUACACCUACAGAAUAAAUGAUAUACUGGUAGAUACUGCCUCUACAUUUCAACUGUGUUGGUCCAGAUAUAUGUACAUGUGUGCUAUUAAAGUCCAAACAUUGGGUUGAAUAUUUGAUAUCUGAUCUUGAUAUCAGUGGUACUUUAUUUAAGCCUUUUUUUAGGUAUGAAUGUUAUUUAUUAUUAUUUGAACAUUGAAUGUUCCUCACGUUAGCCCUCUAUGUUUGUUUUCUUAGUGUCAUCAUUAAUGAACAAAAACUUACCAAAUUUUUUCUGCUUUUGCCUGAAACCAAAACAAUGAAAAUUCUUUCCGUCUCCAACAAAAUUCACAAGUUCUUUUUUCCCAGAUAUUCCUUGAAGUUAUAAUCUGCAUGGUGUAUUAAUUUUUUUCUUUUGACUGGUUCAUUUCCUUUGUAGAAGUUGCCUGUAGGAGUAGAAGUUACCUGUAGAAGUAGAAGUAACCAGCAUACAGACACUUUUUCCCAAGGAAAAACAUGUGUCACUACCUCCCCAAUCCCUUCAAACUUGUAAAAUUCCUUGAGUCAUGAAAGUUGCAAAUACUUCUAUGUUCAAGAAUUGUGAGAUAAAUUUUUGUUAAGAAAACUAGAGAAUUUUGUGUAAAUAUUGUACAUACCCAUGGGAAUGGUAGCUUGCAAUGGUCACUGCAUAAAAGCUUGUACAGUUGGCAGUCUUACUUAAGAGGGCUUCAUUGUUAUUUCUUCCAUUAUUAUUUAAAGACAGAAAUGUGGUUAGGACCAAGUUUGCUGUACUUCGGCUGUACUUCGGCUGUACUAAAGCUGCUUCAUACUCUGGCUUUAUUUUCUUCCAGCAUUUGUCAAUAUUCGGUAAUUUGUGUUGUUUUUUUCUCGUACAAUUUUCAGCAAGGCUGAGACAGAACUGAUUGUUAGCAGGGCGACAUUUUCUGUUCAUACUCCAUAGUACAAUCUCUUCUCUUGCUCUGUAAUUAGCAACACAUAUGACACAUGCACAAUGUCCUAUGAUGAACAUACUCAAUUUGCUGUCAUUAAAUUAUCCAUAUCAGAAUGUGACUGGGCUCUAAGCUGGACAGGCACACAGAGAACUUUUAACAACUGUUUACAGUAAUAUCUAACCAAGGAAAUAUUUCUGCAGCAACAUUUGCUCUAGUUUCACUGUCUUUUUAAACCUGAUACCAGGAAGCAUCUAGAUACAGACCAAAAAUAUAAUGCAAUUGAUGCCACUUCUGUCACCUGACUGCUUUUAAGUCUGCAGAGGUCUGUCAUACAGGUAUCUGUACAGCAUUAUGUCAUGUCAAGUCAAUGGAAUAAAUUUUUCCACUAUUU